AAUGCGCAUGCGUGACGCACGGUGCGGCCCCAGGAAUGGAAACAAAACAUGGCGGCUGGGGAGUGAAACAUAAAUUACGAUAGCAGCCACUGCCAACUGUCUAACUGAUCAAAACCACCUCUCAAAAGGAGGGGGGAAAGAAAAUAAUUCAAAAUGUCUCGACACAGAAAUGUCCGCGGUUAUAACUACGACGAAGAUUUCGACGAUGACGACAUAUAUGGGCACUCUGUGGACGAUGACUACUGCAUCUCACCUGCCACAGCGGCCCAGUUCAUUUACUCCCAGCGCGAGAAGCAGGCAGCCUUCGCCGAACCCCUGGAGGAAGAGGAGUACGAGGCGGAGGAAGAGAUGCCCACGUCCCCCACCGUCAACCACCUGAACCUCGCUCCCCUCGAUCAGGGGAGGCUGUACUCCUGUCUGGACCACAUGCGGACGGUGCUCGGCGACGCGGUGUCAGAGUCGGUCCUGAUGGAGGCCGCGGUCGCCGCCGGCUUCGAUGCCCAGAAGGCGCUGGAUUCCGUGCUGUCCGAGGAGAACAAGAAGGAGGCGGGCGCCAAAAACCAGCAGGAGGCGGGCUUCGCUUCGCGGAGCGAGAAAGGAGCCAUCUUUCCCUCAUGUGUCACUCAAACUGGCGCCGACGCGCACGCGCAGGCCAGCGCCGCCGCUCGUCCGCUAGCCGCCGCUAAGCUCGGCGAUCUCUCGGCGCGUUCUGGCUCGGAGUCGAGAGCGUCUCCGUUCUGUCUCGAGCUCGACGCCGGCGGCGGCGGUGGCGUUCGCUCGGCGUACAUGAACGGAAUGCGCGUGCCGACCGAGGCGCUUUGGAGCGGAAACCCCGCGCCCGCGACGGGCGACGGCUUCGCGGGACGCGGCCUGGCCGGGCUCGCGAGCGAACGCCGUCGGGACCCUGAGAGGGGCGGGGCUUUAACGGGCCGUCAUGUGACCGGCUUCGGUUCAGCACCAGGAAGCGGGCCGUUUGAACUGAAAGGCAGCCUGGCCGAGCUGAUGACGCGGCAUGAUCAGAACCACGGCGGAGGCGGAGUUUUAGGGAGUCACGCGACUGGCUCCGGCGCGCCCCCAGGAAGCAGGCCGUACGGAACAGGAAGUAGCCUGUCCCUGGGCCUCUCCUCCGCUCCGGCGGCCUCUGCGCUCCAGAGCACCUCCUCUCUCGGUGCUUUGGCCCCGCUGAACGGCACGGCUCUGGGUUCCAGUCCCCUCCUGAGCUCCCUGGGAAGUUUAUCGCUGGCGGACCUCCAAGCGUCCGGCACGGUCGGCGCGCCCCCCGCACCCCUGAGUUUCGCCGGCCCUCGCCCGGCCCCCCCGAGCCGCCCGAUAGACGCCCGUGGCGGAGUCAGCGACCACCAGGGCAGCCCGUCGCUGGCCGACCUGAUGCAGGAGCACAAACACAGCAGCCCGGUGCUCUACAGCUCCCUCCCCAGUGUGCAGAGCCAGCCAGGGAACCAAACCCCAGAGCUACCCUCGCCUGGGUUACUGUCGUCAGGGUUAUCGCCGUCUGAGUUACUGUUGCCCGGGUUACCGUUGCCCGGGUUACCGCCGCUUGGGUUACCGUCGCCUGGGUUACUGUCGUCCGGGUUAUCGGCGCCUGAGUUACGGUUGCCUGGGUUACCGCCACCUGGGUUACCAUCGCUAUCAGCGCUGGCUUCCCAGCAUGAAGCCAAGAUGUGGCCCGUCCCCGAAACGGGGCCACUGUCCUCACUGUUGCUAGGCGACAGGCAGGAAGGCGUGUGCCUGUCAGGAAGGGGCGGCGACCUCCGGGGGGGCGAGUCCGAGGCGCCCGAGGGUAAGGGCGCCGGCCCCCGAGCGCGGCCCUCCUCGAACCCGCACCCGAGCAUCGACCUGAGCGCGCUCGUCCUGCAGCCCGCUCCGGCCGACCAAUCGGCCGCCUCGCCCGCCAGACGGGCCUGUCGCCGGGCGGGGCCCUCCCCGUCGCCGUGUCUCCGACGCGACCCCCGCCGGCCCUCGGUGUUCGCCCGCCCCUCCGUGUUCGCCCUGGCGCUGUCCGCGCGGUCGCCGGGGAAGCGGCGGCGGGCCCGGAGGGCGGGGACCCACCGGGCGUUCCUGUACGCCAAGCAGAUGGAGCUGGUGAAGGCCCGAGAGCAGGGGCCCCUGUUCGACAUCGCCCCCUUCCACUUCCAGACCCCCUCCCCCGACGACGUGGUCCGAGCCAAUCAGAAGAAGGCGUUCACCCGCGACUAGCGUCCGUAGCGGUUUGGUGGGCGGGCGGGCAGUAUGCGGGUUAUUAGGCCGAUUCCAGCAGUGUUCAGAUUUUACAGUUUUACUCGCAGUCGUUAUUGCAGGAGAUGUCUGCACUAUUUUCCAAAAUCUUCAGUGUCCCAUCUUUUCAAGAUUUUUUUGGUAUCCAACGAAGUAUUGCUUUUUAAAGGGAUUGUGUGGAAAGGGGAGAGAAAUAUUUUCAGUAUUUUUCCAGUUUGUUCACUCCCCCCCUUCCCUACGAGCGGUGUCAGAACUUUUGCCGGACUGCCGUUCUGGAUUUACUCUGAGCUGUUUCUGUUGACGCACCUCUGCCUGUCAAUUAGAAGAACGUUUGCCUUGCGAGUCCAUUUGAAAGCCGGAAUUGGAGUUUAAAUGGCAGGACUGGUUGUUGUGCAUGACAAUUAUUUUAGACCUCAAAUCAAGGAAACCAUUACUGAAUAUUUUUGCCUUCUUACAAAACCUCAGGAUCACUGUGAAAACAAUAAGUACUGAUUUUUAUACUGUGUUUUUUCCCCCUGCAUUGUACUUAUAACUGAUUAUGGUCGUGAUGUGAUCUUUCAUCACUUUUAGAGUCCAGUUGCUCUAUCCUCAUGUAGUGGUGGAAGCCAGAGGGACUUGAUUUUUAAUGUCUUACUUUGUUCCAAAAAGCCUCAUUUUCCAUUAACACUUUGGGGGUGGGGAGGGAGGUUGAGAUUUUACUUUACCCCCCAAAGAACACUUAGUGUCUCUUACAGACAGUAAUGAUGGAGCACUGAGCCAGAUAGGAGGGGGUCAAUGAAUGCCUUUUCACCACAAGUUGCAGUGUAACCAUGGUGAACUUUUUUUUUUUUUUUUAUGUACUUUUUUUUUUCCAUGAAGUGAUGUUUGGCUGGUAUAUGAAAAGGAGAUGGAAAGAGAGAGAGAGAGAGAGCGCAGCUCACAGGGGUUUGAUGAGAAAGAGGAUGCGUGUUGCAGGUGCGUUGGCAUUGGAAAUAAUGAGCAUCGUGCACCCUUUUGGUUUACCACCAUGAAAGGCUGGUAUUUAGGCACAGGGACACCUGGAGAUUUUCCCAUAUACAAACGCUCAAGACCAAAGCUCUGAAUCUUUCUCAUACACACACAAACGCACACACGCGCACGCACACACACACAUGCGCAAGCAGGCAUUCACACACACACACACACGCACAGUCACACACACACAAACACACACACACACACCCAUGCGCACGCAGGCAUUCACACUCACACACACACGCGCGCACACACGCACGCACACACACAUGCACAAGCGGGCAUUCACAUGCAUAGACACACAAACACGCACGCACGCACACACAUGCACUCACGCGGGCAUUCACACUCACACACACAGACACACAAACACACACGCACGCACGUGGGCAUUCACACACACACACACACACACGCACAGUCUCACACACACACACACACACACCCACACACACAGCCGUAAACUUAAAAGUACUUAAGCAUACACUUUUGUGUAGAAUGGACUUUAAUUUUGUAAAACAUUUAACUUAAUAAACAUUUUGGAACUUUGUUGGAUUUGCAUGUGCAUCUUAUCUCUAAAUACAUGCUUUGAGUGAAUAUGACAAAAUAUUUUAAAUCUGCUUUUCAUAAGAAUCUCCAUUUCUUGUCACAUUGCAUUCCUGAAUGUCUUUUGUAGAGUAUUUUAGCUGUAAUAAUUGUAUUUUGCGGGCUUAUAUUUUUAUAUUAUAUAGCUAGAAAUGUACUGGUGCUCCUUGUCUAAUUUGUUGAUGAUUUGGUGUAUCGGGAUUGAGAUUUGUGUAAAUAUUGAAAUAAAGUUUGCCAUACGA